AAACGUCACCUUUCGUCACGCUUUGUGGUCUGGUACCCAGCCAGCGCUAAGCAGUUCUUGUAUCUGUAUGGUCUAGUAUAUUGCGAGUGUGUGAAAGAGUCUCUCAAGAUUCUCCAUUAAUGGCUACUUCUAGGAGCUUCUUGAAGAAAAGAUCUUUGAAGGAUCUUGCUUUCUUCUCUACUGAGGUUUCUGUUGAUUCUUCUUUAGCUCAAAGAAUCAGGGAUCUACCCAAGAACCUACCUGGCACUAAAAUCAAGACUCAAGUUUCUCAGCUCAUAGGGAGAACUCCCCUUGUGUAUCUUAAUAGAGUAACAGAAGGAUGUGGAGCUUAUAUUGCCGUCAAGCAAGAAAUGGUACAACCAACUUCCAGCAUCAAAGACAGACCAGCAUUGGCAAUGAUCAAUGAUGCAGAACAGAAGAAUUUAAUCACUCCUGGGAAGACAACCUUGAUAGAGCCGACAUCUGGUAAUAUGGGGAUCAGUAUGGCAUUUAUGGCAGCUAUGAAAGGGUACAAGAUGGUUCUAACUAUGCCCUCUUACACAAGCUUGGAAAGAAGGGUGACUAUGAGAGCAUUUGGAGCUGACCUUAUCCUCACUGAUCAUACCAAAGGAAUGGGUGGAACAGUUAAGAAGGCCUAUGAGCUGUUGGAAUCCACACCAAACGCUUUCAUGCUACAGCAAUUUUCAAAUCCUGCCAAUACUAAGAUCCAUUUUGAAACUACAGGUCCUGAAAUAUGGGAGGAUACACUUGGUGGAGUUGACAUCUUUGUAAUGGGGAUAGGCAGUGGAGGAACAGUCUCUGGUGUUGGGAAGUUCCUUAAAACCCAAAAUCCAAAUGUCAAGAUAUAUGGAGUAGAACCUGCUGAAAGUAAUGUCCUAAAUGGCGGAAAACCAGGUCCUCAUCAUAUUACUGGAAUUGGAGUUGGGUUCAAACCAGAGAUAUUGGACAUGGAUGUGAUGGAAAAAGUUCUCAAGGUUACCAGUGACGAUGCAGUAAGUAUGGCUCGGAGAUUGGCAUUGGAGGAGGGGCUUAUGGUGGGAAUAUCAUCUGGAGCCAACACAGUUGCUGCACUUAGACUAGCUAGAAUGACCGAGAACAGAGGCAAACUCAUCGUGACUGUUCAUCCAAGUUCCGGGGAGCGAUAUUUGUCAUCUGUUCUGUUUCAAGAACUGAGGAAAGAAGCUGAAAGCAUGCAACCAGUUUCAGUUGACUAAUGCUGUUGGAUGGAUUGUUCAUUCUCAAGUCUUUCUCGUGUACUUCAUGUCUUCAGUAGAGAUUAUUGGCGUAUAGACUAUCAGCUAGAAUGUUCAUCUUUUGUUCUCUUUGUUCUUCAUUUAUGAAAUGAACUGUUUAGCUUCUGGUUAAGCCUUCAGCUUCAGCUACUCAUAUCUCAAUCUUAACUGGAUUAGCCAAAAGUUCUUGGUCUCCCUUGUUUAUCUUCAAACUUGAAACUUUGGAAGUUAGAAAUUCAAAUAUUAUAAUUACUAGGCUAUCUGAUUAUAAUACAUAUAAUUACUUUA